AUGGCCGCGGCUCUACCACCACGAACACACUCCGAUCUCGGGAACGCCGCAUCUGAAAACUUCGUCCUCGAACAAAUCUCCGAUCUCCUUUCCAUUGAGAUCGAUACACCAUCGGACGCAGCAGGCGCUGCAGAUGUUACUUCAGAGGGGGAAGUCGCCGGAACUGGCGUUUUCGGCAGCCUUCUUUCGCCGGAGGAGAGGUUGCGUGGGGUUUUCCUUCAGAAACUCCGGGGGAAAUCGGCGGUUGCAGUCGCCCUCUCCGCCACUGGCGUUGGCCUGACGUUGGAGAUCUUUGCUGACGUGCUGAAUAAAGGUAAUUUGGGUGGCGCGGCGAUGGUUUCUUUCUUUGAUUGGGCAAUCAAGGAACCAAACAUACCCAAUGGCCUCGACACCUAUCACAUUAUUCUGAAGGCCUUGGGUAGGAGGAAGUUCUUCUGUUCUAUGGAGGAAAUCCUGCUUCGGAUGAAGAAGGAAGGGAUACAGCCCGACUCCAGGACCGUAUCAGUGAUUGUAGAUAGCUACGUCAGAGCCCGCCGCGUAUCCAAAGCCGUCGAAUUCUUUGAAAGACUGGAGGAAUUUGGUGGCGAACGGAAUUCUGAGUCGUUGACGGCCGUCAUUCGUUCUCUCUGCCGACGAUCUCAUGUUAGAGUUGCAGAUUCGUUAUUCCACAGAACGAAAGGGAAGAUAUCUUUCGACAAGAUGGCGUAUGAUGAACUCAUUGGCGGCUGGGCCAAGCUUGGCAGAGGUAAAACCAUGGAGAGGACAUGGACAGAAAUGGUUGCUGAGGGGCUUAGCCCUGAUAGCCGUACGUAUGCUCAUCUCAUUGAGGGUUUAGGAAGAGCUGGUCGGAUCAAGGAUGCAGUCGACGUCUUCAACCAGAUGGAGGAGAAGGGAUGUUCUCCGGACACUGUCACCUACAAUGCGAUGAUGUGUAAUUUUAUUUCAACCGGAAAUCUGGAGCAGUGCACCUAUUAUUAUAAAGAGAUGAUCACCAAGAAACAGUUUCCCGACAUUGAUACUUAUCAAAGUUUGAUCAGUGCAUUUCUGAAGGUCCGGAGAGUUGCCGACGCCCUUGAAAUCUUUGGUGAGAUGCUGGGUAGGGGGAUUUGCCCUAGCACUGGUAUGAUCACUUCCUUCAUUGAGCCCCUGUGUAGCUAUGGGCCUCCCCAUGCUGCAAUGUUGAUCUACAAGAAGAGCAAGAAAGCAGGAUGUAAGAUAUCCUUGAAGGCCUAUAAGCUCCUGCUCAUGAGACUUUCCAGAUUUGGCAAGUGUGGGAUGGUGUUGCAGGUCUGGGAUGAGAUGCAGGAGAGUGGGCAUUCCUCGGAUGCUGAGGUUUAUGAGUUCAUCGUUAAUGGACUCUGCAACACAGGGCAGCUGGACACCGCUGUUCUUGUUGUGGAGGAGUCACUCAGAAGGGGAUGCUGCAUCGGGAAGAUGAUCUACAGUAAGUUAAAUAACAAGUUGCUGGAGAUGAACAAGGUGGAGACGGCGUACAGGCUGUUCUUGAAGGUCAGAAAAGCUCGCGCUUCUCUGAAUGCGCAGAGAUUCUGGCGCGCGAGAGGAUGGCAUUUCUGA